CGAAAAGUCACGUCGUACAUGCUUUUUUCUCUCCAAGGCAAUAGAGAAAGAGAGAAGUAGAAGAGAGAACUGUCGCCUUUUUUUUUCGUACGUGGGUUCGUACAAAGUUUGUGUGUGUGUUUUUCUCUUUUUCCACCGUCUUUUUCCCGUUUCUUUGCCCUUUUCCUCUCAACACAAACAGUCAUGACAAGCCCUGAAUUCAGCAGCCCUCUGCGAAAGUACAAGCUCGUUUUCCUUGGCGAGCAAAGUGUUGGCAAAACUUCGCUCAUUACGAGAUUCAUGUAUGACUCGUUUGAUAACACGUAUCAGGCCACUAUCGGCAUUGAUUUCUUGUCAAAGACCAUGUAUUUGGAAGACAAGACUGUUCGUUUGCAACUGUGGGAUACUGCGGGUCAGGAACGAUUCCGGAGCUUGAUUCCCAGCUAUAUCCGAGAUUCUUCUGUUGCCGUGAUUGUAUAUGACAUUUCCAACCGCGAAUCGUUCAUGAACACAUCCAAAUGGAUUGACGAUGUCAGAGCAGAGCGAGGCAAUCAAGUGAUCAUUGUCCUUGUCGGCAACAAGACGGACUUGAAUGAAAAGAGAGAAGUAACACCGGAUGAAGGCGAAAAGCGUGCCAAAGAGUUAAAUGUGAUGUUUAUAGAAACUAGUGCCAAAGCCGGCCACAACGUAAAAACGCUUUUCAGGAAGAUUGCUCAAAACCUGCCUGGUAUCGACUCCAAUGGCAACGACACCAAAGAACAGAUGCAAAAGGUUAAUCUCAGCACAAGCAACGCCGAUGCCGCAGGCUGUGCAUGCUAAGCAACUCAAAACAACAACAGUACUACAGCAAGAAUCUUGGCUAUUUUUUUC